AGCUUCAAGAACACUGCCUCCAGUACACACGCCUGCGUUGAAGCAGAGUAUCUUCCUCGUUCGCUAGCGAUCAAAAUCCCUAAAUUUUCAGAGAGUAGUGACAGGAUGGGAGGAGGUGAACAUGGACACGGACAUGGGGAGGCUCAUGGGGACUUUAGGGCUAAGGUGUGGAGCAUGAGCGGAGGACCUUAUUGCCGGCCCAAGCAUUGGAAACGCAAUACCGCCAUUGCCAUGGCUGGCAUCGUUCUCGUCUGCAUCCCUAUCGCUAUGAAAUCUGCGGAGCUUGAGCAACGGCCACACAAUCCUGUUCGGCCGAUUCCUUCACAGCUCUGGUGCAAGAACUUCGGAAACAAAGAAUACUAAGUCCAUCUGAAAACUGAGUAAAGAAUUAUGAGGCCAGAGACCGCGUUCUUGAUUUUCAGUUCAAGGGGGUCUUUUGGAUCUGGUAAUUGCAGAGACUAAUGUUUCUUUUCAGCACUUUGGUGUUAUAUUUUCCAAUUAACAUCACUCUUGUAGUGGGUUAUAUCCCUUCUAUCUAUUGUUAGUGAGCAAAAUAAGCUGCUGUUUGUUUUGUGUUUCCAUAAUGACCAGAAAGAAAGAAACUCUGUCUAGUUUGGAUUGUGCAAAUCAUUUUUUUUUCCUCAA